UGUAGGAAGCUCACUAGGAAAUUAGAGAGCUUAUUUCUCUUUUAACAUAAUAAAUGGGAGGGAAUUCAUUACAUCACCACCAUCCAUGGCUGCAAAUAAUCACAAUGCAAACAUGUUUGAUGGGAGUUUUACAUCGCUGGACUCGCCGGAUAGUGAUGAUUUCUCAAACAACCUAAUUAACUUUGAGCUUUCUGAUAUACUCGAGAUAGAUAAUUGGCCCGUUCAACAAGCUGAUCCAACGCUCGUACCCCACUACUCAAAUUAUGCAGCAAACCAAGUGGUUAACACCAGGAGUGAGGAACUUAGCAACAAUGUUGGGAGCAGCAGCGAGAGGAAGGAAGUUAAGGACAAGGUUGCUUUCAGAACGCUGUCGCAAAUUGAAAUACUAGACGAUGGAUACAAGUGGAGAAAGUACGGAAAGAAGAUGGUGAAAAAUAGUCCAAACCCGAGGAAUUACUAUAGGUGCUCCGUGGAAGGUUGUCCAGUGAAGAAGAGAGUUGAACGAGACAAAGAGGACUCUCGGUAUGUGAUAACCACCUACGAGGGUGUCCACAACCAUCAAGGUCCAUCCUCGUUCUGAUGAACAAGAUAUCACUUGAAACUUGCGUACUAUCACUGUAGCUAAAUCAGGCCAGUAAAAUGGGGUCAGACGGGAGCGUCUAUCUGUAACUUAAAAUGUAAUCAAUUAGAACAUUAUUUCAGUUGGCAUGUACUCUUACAUAUCCUACUUCCAACAGGAUUUAUAUAUAUACAUAUAUAUAUAUUUUUUUAUA